CCACAAUGCAACAAUUACGACUCGCGCAUGCGUAAAAGUAAUAAUAAGGGAGGGUCGUGCGACAAUUUUGCUUAAAAAGGAAGAAACGAGUUUUAAACUAGCAUUUUUUUUAGUCACUUGUGCUAUCUGUCGGAAUGAACGGACGUAAUUUUACACCUGGUGGAAGGAAAAAACCCGCGGUUAUGCCCGAUAAGGUGGACAUGUCCCUCGAUGACAUAAUUCGUUUGAAUAAAAAAGAGCAGCAGAUAAAAAGGAGAAGAGCCAACACGAAUCAACGACCAGCCUGGAAGAAAGGUCCUCUAUCGCAAGGAAAGAGAGUUUGGUCCAGCAAUGGUGUCCCGCAGGUCCUAAGGGGCGGGGUAUUCAGAGGAGGAACACCUAAACUUGGGACAGGAACGCUUCCGGUCAUGGCGGGUGUACGGCGAGGUCAAGGGGUCAUCACGGGGCUGGCAGCACGCAGGACUGCAGCCUUCUUCAGGCGGCCCAGUCAGAGAACAAAACAGAAACCUCAGUCGUUCAUUCGACGCUCACAGCAGCCGUACAGCAAGGCUGACGUGCACAGGCAUCUGUACAGGCAGCCAUGGCCACAGAGGAGGGGGCCAAAUGGGGCAUCAGUCAAAAGACCAUUUCAACUGCGACGGCGACCUCUGCCCCCUGUGCAUCACACGCAGAAAGAAGCCCGCCAGACCACAUUUCUUCAUAAAAGAGGACUGAAGGUGCAAGCUGUGGUUCGGAAGCCAAAUUCUCGCACACUACCAGUCAGAACUCGCCCGUGGCGCACAUCAACAAGCAGCAAUGGCAUGCUGACCGUAUCCAUAGACAACCCCACAGCCAUGACUCAGCCUGAGCCUCCUUCAGCUUGGACUCUUCACCCACCGACUGCCAUCCCAGCCGCCAAAAACACAGAAACGCUAAAAAAGAAAAUACCCAAAGGAGUCCCUCUUCAAUUUGACAUCAACAGUGUUGGAAAACCGCAGACGUCCAUGACCCUGAACGAGAGAUUCCGCAUCCUUAAAGACCAGCGCACCACCACAGCACAGAGUAAAGGCAGCAGAUUUGUUGUUGUGGAUUAGUCUUCAAGAACUGCAGAAAAGUUGGAACACAAAGCUCUCUUUGUUCCUCAGUAAUGGGUUGUUGCAAUUUAAGGACAAAACCCGCAAAACAUGGAGAAUUUUGUUACUUGUAAUGUUGCCAGCACAAUUGUGUUCUUAAUAGCACCAGUCACCUUUUUGUUUUUGUAUAUUUUCCUCCAGAAAUGUGAUUUUAGCUGCAAAUCAGAUUACAAAUGAAGUUCAAUGGGUUUUUUUUCUGUUCAUAAACUGUACGUUUGCAACUGGUUACUAAGAUCCCAAUAAAUGCAAGCACAUUUUCGGAA